ACUUUUGUUACCUUUCCAAAGCUGAGUAAUUAGCGAUCUUAGUAUAUGGUGCGUGUUUUUAUAAGGGCGAAUGUUAGCUGAAAUUUUGGAAUGAAAGAGUAUAUGGAUUAUGGGAAGUUGGUAGUAGGUCAUGUUUCCAUCGUUUUUUGUGAAUGCAAUGCUCUUGUUCUUUCCCUCGCAUAAUCGUGCCACACGCUUGUUCGAACAUAAGCUGCUAGGCCGGCCGCACCAGUUUUCCCCGCAUUUUUAUCCAAAUCUGUCAGUCCCGAAAGCAUGCUUGUCACGUUUUGAGAUCUUUCAAUCCGGAGCCUCCUUGUUUUCUUAGAGCGAGCUACGUAUCCGGCUGAUUCAUAACUACUCCGUACACAGGCUUGACGGACGAAUCGAUCCGGGGCUAGUCUUUCUGAGGACACUUUUCUUCGAGUGAUUUCUCGACCAAUCUGGGAACGCGGGUCGUGUACCCAGGCCGUUUGCUCAAUCCUAAAGCCAGACUCUUUGUCGCGUGGCUUUGUCAACAGAGUGGUCAUGUGCUCGAUACCGCCACUACGGUUGCUUGAGGUGGUCGAUGACCUGACCUGUCUUGUGAACUCAAGCCAGUACAGUCGCUGGAAUUUCUUCACAUUCACCUUACCAGGAUUCACGCUGCCUAUGAGGAAGGAAUUCACUUCCAGUUGCAAGGGUUCUUUUUCAAAUCAUCCGGUUCCUGACCAUCCUUGUAAGCUCGUCGUGUUUUUUCGUCCCAAAAUGGUGGUGACGGCAGGGGCGGACGCCUAUCUGAAAAUCUUGGAGUACGGCGUCAAGAAGACCCAGCUUCGAAUAGACCGGCUCCUCCUCCAGGCCUUUAUGGCAGGAAUAUUUGUUGCGAUGGCUGGCCACUGCUGCACGGUCCUGGCCGGAUCUUACCCGACGGAUCCUGGAGAUCCUUUGGCUGUUGCGAAACCGACACAGAAAUUCAUCUACGGAGCUCUGUUCCCUGUCGCCUUCAUCUGUAUCAUUCUUACUGGAGCGGAGCUCUUUACCGGCAACACGAUGACUAUGCUGAUUUGCUACUUUCAAAAACGGGUGACGAUGCUUCAGCUAGGAGUGAACUGGCUUGGGAGUUUGGCAGGUAAUUGGUUGGGUGCUCUCUUCGGAGCGUAUUUUCUCUCAUAUUUGACCGGAGCGCUGGGAGAUGAACACGUCCGUCAAUUUCUGUUCCGGACAUGCGUUAAUAAGAUCUCCUACGGAUGGGGAGAGUGCUUCCUGAGAGGGGUUGGAUGCAAUACAUUCGUUUGCCUUGCAGUCUGGGCAGUCAUAGCAUCCGAAAAUGUCGCCGGCAAAGUCCUCGUAAUGUGGUUCCCAAUAGUUGCUUUCUGCGUGGGCGGCUACGAGCACAUCAUUGCCAACAUGUACACGCUACAGGCGGGGUUGAUGGCUGGGGCUCCUGUUGCGAUCUUGGACGUGAUUGCAUUCAAUUUCUUGCCAACUCUCCUCGGUAAUAUUGUUGGCGGCUGUCUGCUGGUAGGCGCCGUGUACGCGUACAACUUCUAUCCGACUUUGAGCUACACAGAAACUACCGGUGCGAAAGUCUACGUCCAAGAAGUCGGGCCAGUGCUGGACCGGCGCUCUUCUAUGCAGGUGUCUAUGACAGAGCGUGAACCGGACGGCCAGGUGGUUACAGAAUAUGAAGCAGUACCUUUCGAGUCAUUUGGAGGGGAGUAUAUAGUUAAUAAGCACGCCACGAUGGCGGCCCCUAUUCCGUCGCGAGCAUCCUCCUUCCUUUACCCAUUUCAAUGGCAACGGCAACGUUCUCAGUCGGGCAACCUCAGCACCCAUGCUCGUCUGGAUCUUCCUAACCGUCCAGUUGAACCUCCUUCAGACGGUCUCGAAGUCACCCCGCAAUCACAGACUGCUGAAUCGGUGGCCCAGCAAGUGUGACUUUGUCGCCAGCGCAGUCUGCUGACACUGUGACUGUCACGAGAGACCGGAAGUGCACACUCAUGCCAGGAAUUAUUCUGUUCGAGUGCGUGUAGUUUAGAAGUGGUAGAGCACCUGCAGUAUUUGUCCCCCGCAUUCUUAGGAAAUCGGCGGCGCCUAUCCAAUGGCACAGGAAGCUUCUGGUUGUUGUUUGGUACAUGGCGGUGUCAGUGUCUUUGAGACGUGCUCUAUUUUAGAUUUUUCCCCUUGAGCACUACUCUUUGAGCCGACAGUUGACUGAGCAGUGAUUCCCUCGUCGACAGUCUAAGAGCCCACUUGGAGUCAGCUCUUACAGCAGCGUGACACUGGAAAGUGUUCUGGACAGGAGGGUACAAAUAAAUGUGGAAAUCUGUGGCAUGUGUUUGCUGUUUCAGCGAGAUCAUACCGUCGCGUCCUUGAUGUGCGUGCACCCCCAGUAGUCAGACUCAUAAUGCUUUUCGUACCAAAGGUUCCCCACCGCAUGUUCAGCUUGGAACCUAACGUUAAACGUGCAACGUUUAAUUCGAUUUGGUCCCCCUGUUAUUCUGCGCGUUCACUCACUUCGAUGUAAUUCGCCAAACCAGCAAAAGGACAAAAACACCACCAGAGUUUAUUCGUCCGAGAAUGAUAUCGGUGGUAUUACAUAGAGGUGUUCACUUCCGGUUUCGCUGUGUAGCGUGCCCAGUCUACGUCAUUCUCCUGGCGGUUUGUACAAGUUUACAGGUGGUCGUUGGCUUCGUUGCGAACUUCAUUCACUUCUCGCACAUUGUAUGCAGCCGCAGACAUUUUCCUGUGUGUCUAUGAGUCUCUACGGGAAAGAUAUCAAGAUUACCAGUUGCAGUCUUAACAAAUUACCGGGUGAUUCGUCCGGUCUAAAGGUGACUGCAUUUGCUCGAAGCAGUCUCUUCUCUUCGACUGGUGUGCUCCAAUUGCACAAGAGGCAAACAACAAUGUGUGCGCGUAUGCACCCUUUUUUGCGUGCGUUGACUAGGAGGCAAACUAUUGACAUCGAAAGUUCCUCGUAUGUUCAGACAAGUUGAUGAAUACUGUUUCCUUCUCCAGUCGCUGACACCCAAGUCCCAUCGCUGAACCCGAAGAAAUCAAGGAAGGCGCAUCUACCUGUGUUUAUGGGGCGGCGGGUGCGCGGGAGGAGCACGACACACACGCACGGCCGUUUCAAGAUGAA